CAGUUUGGUAUGAGUACUUUUACUUUCAAUAGCAAUUUUCCCUGAUCGUACUUAACUUAAACAGAGUAUUUAUACAGUAGGCUAUGAGUACUUUUCAUUUAAUACUUUAAGUACAUUUUGCUGAUCAUACAUAUGUAUAACAGGGUAUUUUAGUGUGAUAUGAGUACUUCUACUUAAGUAACCCACACCUCCCUCCUGCUCGUGCCGAGGUGUUGACUGAAUAUUUAAUUCGCGAGCUCGAGGAGGGCUGACGGAGCGAUCUGAUUGGACGCUGGCUCCGGCAGCAGCUCGGGCGCAGGUGCCAGCGGCUCAGUGAGCAGAGUCGGUCCCGGUCAGUCGGUCACAGCCGCCGCUGCAGGUGCGAGUCAGUCCCGGGUCUCAGCAGCCAAGGAUCCAGCGGCCGGUACCUGGAGGACAGGUGCGUUCCAUGCGCGUUUUCCCGCCUCGUGCGAAGCUGUUUGGAUGAGCGCGUGCUGGAGCGUGCACGAUGCUGAGCGCCGUUAAAAUGGAGGGACACGAACAUCCGGACUGGAGCGGGAGCGGCUACUACGGAGAGACCGAGUGUUAUUCUGCAGCAGGAAACAUGACUUCCGGUCUCUCCAUGAACUCUAUGAACAGCUACAUGAGCGCGCCUGGCAUGACCGGCACCGGACACAUGAACGCGCACUACGUGAACCCUGUGGGGGUCAACCACUCGUCGAUGCCCGCUGGGGUGUCUCAGAGCCCGGGGGCCGGGAUAACGGGGCUGGGCGCCGCGCUGCCGCCGAACAUGAGCUCCAUCAGCCCGCCGCCGUACGGCAGCAUGCCGGUGAUGAGCCCGGUGUACGGCCCGGCCUGCGGCGGCCUCCGAGCCAGAGAACCCAAACCGUACCGGAGGAGCUACACGCACGCCAAGCCGCCGUACUCGUACAUCUCCCUGAUCACCAUGGCCAUCCAGCAGUCCGGCAGCAAGAUGCUGACCCUGAACGAGAUCUACCAGUGGAUCAUGGACCUGUUCCCGUUCUACCGGCAGAACCAGCAGCGCUGGCAGAACUCCAUCCGACACUCGCUCUCCUUCAACGACUGCUUCAUCAAGGUGCCCCGCUUACCGGACAAACCGGGGAAGGGCUCCUUCUGGGCCCUGCACCCGGACUCUGGGAACAUGUUCGAGAACGGCUGCUACCUCCGGCGGCAGAAGCGCUUCAAGUGCGGGAAGCAUCCCGGGGCAGGUGAGAAGGAGGCGGCGGGGAAGCCGGGCUCCGAGGGGGGCUCGGUGAGCACCAGCAGCGGCAGCGGGCCCGACUCCCCGCCCCCCUCCUCCUCCUCCCCUCCACCGGCGUCGGAGGUGAAGACGGCCGGGCUCGACCUCAAGCCCUCCAGCCCCGUGCGCGUGCCCUCCCCACUCGCGCACGCGCAUACGCAGCACCUGUUCACCCACCACCACCAUCACCAGCACCACCCGCUGCUGCUGCACGAGGCCGCGCACCUGAAGCCGGACCACUACCCCGCCCACCCUCACCACUACUCCUUCAACCACCCGUUCUCCAUCAACAACCUCAUGUCCGAGCCGCAGCACCACAGACUGGAGCCGUACGGAGGCUACGGCUGCCCGGUGUCCGGGGCGCUGGUGGCCGCCAAAACCGGCCUGGAUCCGGCGCACACUGACACCAGCUACUACCGCGGCGUGUACACCCACAGGCCCAUCAUGAACUCCACCUGAAAGGACUUUAUAAUGUAAAAAUCAAAAAACAAAACAAAACAAAACAAAAAACAUUUAUAAGAGGCUCUUAAAGUGUUUUUGUUGAAGGCCUGAAGGAUUUAAAAAUGU